AAUUAAUUUAAUUCAAGCAAUUUGUCAAGACCAUCCAUACCGAUGCUGGUGGCCUCUAGUGACACGGCUGAUGAACAAAGCCAGAGUCGUGCACGCGAUUGAAAACGAUCCUUACGAGAAAACGAGACAAGUGUCUCCGCGCUGAUAUUUUCAGGAGAAAAUGAAAGAGGAGAGCGAGUGAGACGGUACGUGGUUACAUCGAGGUUCACGGAAUUUUUCUAUGCGUGAUAAUCGAGCGAUAUUCUAACUCGAUCGUCAUUGAGAAAGAGCAGAAACCGACAACAUGAGUGCCACGGCGACUGCGGGCAAAGGAAUAAAGCAAGAGCUCCCACCGAAAGGAGGCUAUGGCCCUAUUCAAAUCGAGAGGAUUAAAUUACGUAGUAUCUUUGGCGCGAAGAGCACCUUUGCGUUUCUCAUAGCUAGCACCUGUGCUGGCAUGUACGCCUAUCAUCUGACUUUCAAACAGAUCCGAAGAGAGGAGAUCGAAAUGAGAAGCGCACGUUUUGCUAUAUGGCCGCUGCUGCUGGCCGAGCGAGACAGAAUUAUUUUGAAACAAAUGAGGCGCAACCGGGAUGAAGAGGCAGAGUUGAUGAAGAACGUCGAGCGAUGGGAAGUGGGUACGUACUAUGGGGAACCGAUAUACUUCUUGGAUGAUGCAGACCAAUACAGGGAUCCUACGUUUUUUGAACAUUUCGCACAUACCGAUCCUAAAAUAUACAUGGAUCGUGUUGCUCGUCAUUUGUUUACGUAGAAAUAACGUCAGCUUUCGGUGUUUGCGCAAGUAAAUUGACAGUUAUGUCUAAGUCACAGUUACAGUUGAAAUAACUUGUGCACAUAGUCAACGAUGAUAAUAUUGUGUAAUUAUUAGGAUCUUUGAGUUUCUGUGAGUAAUGGGCCUGUGGAGCAACAGGUCUAAGAGCGAAAUAAAAUUAUAUAACAAUCUUU